AUGCGCGCAGUCCAGGUCCUCGGGGAAAAGUCAUCGCCUCAGCUGAGCCUCUCGAGCACCUUUCCCAUACCCUCUGCUACUGGCGACGAGGUGCUCAUCCGUGUUACCGCUGCUGCCAUUACCGCCGACGAAGUCUCGUGGCCAGAGGUAUACGAAUCCAACCGCAUCCCCGGGCACGACAUUGCCGGCACCAUAGUGUCUCUGGGCGACGAUUACAAGGGCACUGUCAAACCCGGCGAUGAGGUCUUUGCCAUGAUCAAGGCCGCGGCCAAGGCGGGCGGCCAGGCGGACUACGUGCCAGUGAGUGGCAGCGAAAUAGCGCCCAAGCCGCGGUGCCUCUCCAUGGCGGAGGCCGCCGCGCUGCCGAUUCCGGUCCUGACGGCCUGGGAGGCUCUGCAGGAGCAUGCGGCGAUUCAAAAGGGCGAUAGAAUCCUGGUGACGGGCGCCUCGGGCGCGGUCGGCACUAUGCUCGUGCAGAUUGCGAGCAAGCUGCUGGGCGCCGAGGUGAUUGCGCUCGCGUCGCGUAAGAGCCAUCCGCAGCUGCAGAGCCGGGGCGCCAGCCACUGCGUCGACUAUAAUGCGCCAGACUGGGAAUCGUCCUUUGGAAGCGUCGAUGCAGUCUUUGAUACAGUCGGAAGCCAAGUUUACAGGAAAAGCUGGCGCAGCCUGCGACAGGGCGGGACCAUGGUCACGGUAGCGGAUCCUCCCCCCUCGUGGGCGUUUAAUCACGGCAAGCCAGAGGAGCUGAAGGAGAAUCCGAACGCAAAAUAUAUUUAUUUCGUCGUCACGGCAAAUGGAAAGAAUCUGGAAAAGAUAGCGGCGUUGUUUGACAGUGGAGUGCUCAAGCCGCUCGCCGUGGUAGAGUUCGAAGCUGAAAAGGCGCUGGAGGCAUGGGAGUAUGCGGCAAAGCGAGGUCGAGACGGAAAGGCAGUUAUCCGCUUUUCAUAA